CCAGCCCCGCCCCGCGCCCCCCACGGCUCCGCUGGGACGCCGGCUCCGCCCCGCCAGCCUCCCGCGUGCCCGCAGUCCUGCCGCGGCUUCGGCCGGCCUGGAGUCCGGCGCCGUCGCGCUCUCCGGCGCCAGGCUUGGGCAUCUCCGGGAGGCCGUGGAUCUGCGUUCGACCGGCGGUGGGCUGCUUUGGCUUCGGAGACCCCAGACGGGACACCUGUCCCUCCAGAAUGAAGGUCUUCCUGACUGUGCUGCUGGCUGCCCUCCUGGGUGCGGAGCAAGCCCAGUCCCUGGUGUGCUUCUCCUGCACGAAUCAGAAUAGCAACUUCUACUGUCUGAAGCCGACCAUCUGCUCUGACUCCGACAACUACUGUGUGACCAUAUCUGCCUCUGCGGGCAUCGGGAACUUGGUGGACUUCGGCCACACCCUGAACAAGGGCUGCUCCCCCAUAUGCCCCGGCCCGAAGGGCAUCAGUCUUGGCGUGGCGUCGGUGGGCACCCACUGCUGCCAGAGUUUCCUGUGCAACCUGAGCGCAGCCGACGGCAGGCUGCAGGCCAGCACCACCUUGCUGGGCCUUGGGCUCCUGCUCAGCCUCCUCUUGGCCCUGCUGCGGCUUGGCCCCUGACCCCUCCUAGACCCCAGCGGGUACCAGAGCUUCCUCGUCUGACUCCUCACCCUGCCUGAUCCUAACCCCUUGGCGUAGGUCCCCUUGGUCAGGCUAACCUCUGCAUCUACACCUGCCCCAAGGGGCCGACUGCCCUCACUUCUGGGGUCAGUGAUAGGACCUUCCUCAGGGAACCUGGGAAGGGAUGAGGUCCCCCUGUAGCCUGAGGCCCCCAGAGUCUGAACUGAGUCCCUCCGGCACACUGGGAGGGGCACCUACAGACCCAGGCCUCAGUCCUCCCCUCUCAGUGUGGAGGGGGUGUUCGGUCCCACUGAGUCUCAGAAGGUGGCCAUGCUGUGGUGCCUGCCUGUGCUCUGCUGGGUGGACAGGUGUGGCCAUGUGCCUCUGCCAUGCACAUGUGUGAGUACGUGGUUGUGUCAGGGCCUAUGCGGAGGUGAGUGUCCCGUGUCCAGGCCUCCUGAGAGCCCCAGGCACUGACCCCCAACUCUUCUCUGGUGUCUCACUCACCUCAAGGGCAGCCUUUUGAGGAAUGGGUUCACUGCUUCCACAUCUAGGCUUCAAGACUGGGCAAUGGGCUCCCCACCCCAAAUCCAGCUGCGGCUUCCCCUAUCCCCCCCAAGAGCCCUCCUGCUGCUUCGGUGCCUCAAAUAAACACACAUGUGCCCACCA